AUGAUCCCUCCUCCAUCUAUGGCGAACUAUAGCCAUGCAGGGGACCACAACAUCUUGCAGAAUGUCUCUCCUCUCGCCACGUUUCUCAAACUGACGUCCCUGGGUUUUAUCAUUGGAGUCGGCGUCGUUGGCAACCUCCUGAUCUCCAUCCUACUGGUCAAAGACAAGAGCCUGCACCGCGCACCGUACUACUUCCUGCUGGACCUGUGCGCCUCGGACAUCCUGCGCUCCGCCAUCUGCUUCCCCUUUGUCUUCACCUCUGUCAAGAAUGGUUCCACCUGGACGUACGGCACGCUUACCUGCAAAGUGAUAGCCUUCCUGGGGGUGCUGUCCUGCUUUCACACAGCGUUCAUGCUCUUCUGUGUGAGUGUGACACGCUACCUGGCCAUAGCCCACCACCGCUUCUACACCAAGAGGCUCACCUUCUGGACGUGUUUGGCAGUCAUCUGCAUGGUGUGGACGUUGUCGGUGGCCAUGGCCUUUCCCCCGGUGCUGGACGUAGGGACGUACUCCUUCAUCAGGGAGGAGGACCAGUGUACGUUCCAGCACCGCUCGUUCAGAGCCAACGACUCCCUGGGCUUCAUGCUGCUCCUCGCCCUGAUCCUCCUGGCCACCCAGCUUGUCUACCUCAAGCUAAUCUUCUUCGUCCACGACCGCCGGAAGAUGAAACCAGUCCAGUUCGUGCCUGCUGUCAGCCAGAACUGGACCUUCCAUGGUCCCGGGGCCAGCGGCCAGGCAGCAGCUAACUGGCUGGCGGGGUUUGGCAGGGGCCCCACCCCGCCCACCCUGCUGGGCAUCAGGCAGAACAGCAAUGCAGCCGGCCGGCGACGCCUGCUGGUGCUGGACGAGUUUAAGACUGAAAAGAGGAUAAGUAGGAUGUUCUACAUCAUGACCUUCUUCUUCCUCACACUGUGGGGCCCAUACCUAGUGGCCUGCUAUUGGAGGGUGUUUGCCAGGGGCCCCGCGGUCCCAGGGGGGUACCUGACCGCGGCGGUGUGGAUGAGCUUCGCCCAGGCGGGAGUCAAUCCCUUUAUCUGCAUCUUCUCCAACAGGGAGCUCCGGCGCUGCUUCAGCACCACUCUCCUUUACUGCAGAAAGUCCAGGUUACCUAGGGAACCCUACUGCGUUAUAUGA